AUGAACGACGGUGCUCAGAAAGGAGUAAAACCACAGAAAUCGGCUACGGCAGGAGCAACUGGUUUGGAUGAAUGUCACGGUUCGACGAAUCGUUCUUCCACGCAACAGGAUGUAAUUAAGGAUUCGCGAUCGAUCGUGUUGCGGGCCACAUCGAGUUCGGACGAAGACAAAAGCGUUUCGAAGAAAAAGGACGGGUCCGCGGAGUUAACGCAAAGACUGUCAAGGACCGAGACUGUCCGACAAGAUGCCCGAAAAUUGAAGACUGCUACGCUUAAUCGAAUGGGAAAAAUGUUUAAGCAGCGCUCCCAAACACCUGUAGCGGAUAAAUCGUGCCUGGAUAUCGAUAGCGAUAUCAAUUCGGCUAAAACUACGGAAAGCGAGGACGCAGCGAAAAGAGAGAAGAGCAACUCUUUAGGUAGAAUGCUGAAGCUGGUGGAGAAAGAUGGCUCGCCGAAAAAAAUGUUCCAUCCUCGAGCUGGCUCCCUGAGCCGCAUCUUGCGUCGUAAUCCCAAUAACGAGGACAACGAUGACAAGAAGCAUAUGGAAGAAAACUCACCGGGCAUUUUUUCAAGGAUGCUGAAUCAGUUGAGAGGAAAGUAAAAAAAGCUACGAUCUUUUAACGCGUAUUCGUAAAAACAUAAGAAAUAUAAGAAAUAUAAAAAUUCGGGUAAAAAUCGUAAAUCACGCCCAUUUACGUGGUAUUUACGUAGAUCUUCGAUGUUCAGGACGACCACAAAGUGGAAAUGCUACGCUGGAGCCUAACUUAAAGACACGCGACAAAAUAAGCUCGUUACCUCCGAAAGUGCCAUUAAGUUCAAGAACGGUUAAUUUAUCUUCGUCAACGUCCACUUCGUCGCCACAGACGCGAGUCACCGAAUCGCCGCAAAAAUUGUCAAAUUUUGAAUAUUCGAUUUAAGUCGCCGCAGUUCGAAGUAUCGAUACGCGAUAAAAAAUGAUAGUAAUUAACGCUUCGUUUGUUAUAUCACGAUUACAGUAGUAAUUAUAAUCGAUGUUAAUUUCGUCGUAUUAUAUAUAGUCGUAUAUAUAGCGACGAAAUUCACUUUCAUUUGUAUUUUUCAGAUACGACGGCGCGUGAAACGAAACGAUCAAACACGGUGCAUUUAGAAAAACGAAUACAUUUGCCCGUAUAAUUGUAACACAGAAUCGACGAGUAAAAAUUUUUGUCUCGUUCGGUGUUCGAGCUUUAGCGUUAUUGAAAAUCAAUCGACACGUUGCGAGUGCAUUAUAUAUUAUGGAAAUCGUUUCAAUACGUGUAAACGUGACUGUAGAA